GUGAUAACAGGCUGCAGCUUCGGCUCUGUUAUCUUCCGCUCCCCGCCAGCAGAACUACGGAUCUCCUCCGGACCUCCAGCAGGAGUCACACGUUUCCCAUCUAAACUUUCUCCAACAACAGGAGCGCUCGUCCCAUGGUGUCCCCGGUGGAGGACUCCCGGGCAUCCACUCGUUUUGGCGGAAUCGAUCUGCGGCCGCUACUUCGGGGGUCUUUCAAAAAAAAAAAAAAGUCAUGGAAACGUGGUUUUUGAAUCAAGUCCUCCUCUGCUCUCUGUCGGUGCUGGGUCUGCCGGGGCCCCUCUGGGCAGGGACCCCCGGCUACAACAGCACGAAUUCGGUAACGGACGGGUUGUAUUAUUCAGCGGGCACAGAUGAACCCAGCAACACCGAAAACGGUGGGACUUCAACUUCAUAUUCCAGCGAGAGUUUAUCACCAUCACAGAGGGACCUCCUGCUCACACACACGGCUGGAACCGACGCUGCUACCGCGGGGCACCUCGACACAGAGCAGACAGGAGCCUUCACAGAAACAAGCAGCAGGUUUCCUGAGGCCACAAAUCUGUCCACAAAGCCACUUACCACCUCCUUUAUAACUACCACUGAGUUCAGUAGUAUCAGCAGCAGCAGCAGUAGUAGUAGUACUAGUAGUGGUAGCAGCAGCAGCAGUAGUAGUAGUACUAGUAGUGCAGUACAGUGGCUUUACUAA